GAAAGCAAAAAUGGAGGAGACGACAUCGCGAGUUUUCUCCUGCAACAGAUGGCAGAGGCUAUUUACUCCUCCAAUGUAAAGUCCAGGAAGGGCUUGGGCCUUGAUAUCACCAUGAAACUUUGCAUGAUGAUAUUCGAAGGCAAGGCUGGCGUGGAACAUUUUACUAAAACAUCUUAUAGAACAGAAGAGUACCAGGCUCGGCUUGAAGCUCUAGUACGGAAAGACGUACCUCCUGGCGAGCACCAGGUUCUUCGAAGCUGGAGAGAGGUCGUUCAGCAUGCUGCUGCUUUUCAACAUAUCAUCAAUCAGUUCGUCCGUGAAGGAAAGCCAAUGACCGAACAACAUCAAAGACACAAACGCUAUACUCGUCAAAGGUCUGCCGGCAUACUCAGUAGCAGAGAGUUUGGUGGUAUCUACCGCGCCGAAGACGUUUUCGUGGGCACUACCAGAUUUAUCCGCCCGAACAAGAUCUCCGAGGCCAUGAAAUCGAUGAUCCUGACCCUUCGACAGCACUUGAUAGCGUCUGAAAGAUCACAAUUGCUCGAUCCUUCUGCAACAGCUGCACAGUACUGCGAUCGGUUCGUCAAUAUUCAUCCAUUCCGAGAUGGCAAUGGGCGCAUGUGCCGGCUCAUUCUCAACGCAAUCCUCAUUAAAUACGCUAGAAUCGUUGUUAAUGUUGGAGAGCAUGGGCACGACAGAGACGAUUACAUUCAGACAGCCCGUGAAAGCAGAGAAGUUGGUGGUCAUGGUGGUGCUUUAGCAACGAUGGUUUUGAAGGAGGCCACCAAGAGCUACCGGAACAUACGCAACACGUUGAGACACAGACACAGGGAAUAG